AUGGAAAUUUGUUACCUGAGUAUACUACUGUCUCUACUAGUAUGUGCACAUGGAGUGACAGAAAGAAAAGACAAGCAAACAGUUUUUUGUGUUACUACGGAUGAAGACUCAACGAAUUCAUCGUGUCACACCUUGAGAUACUACAUGAGAAAAAGCUCAUUUUUCUUCAGGAGCAACUCUACAUUUAUCUUUGAACCAGGUGAACACUUAACCAAUUUCAACUCUUCGCUGGUGAUUCAGAAUGUUUCAGGACUUGUGCUUAGAGGACAGAAUGCUACUAUACAGUGCAACAAAUACCAGAACUACUUCAAGUUUAACAAUGUUUCAGACCUCUUCAUUCAUGGAUUAAAAUUCUGUAAAUGUGGUCAGAAAUCAACAAACGGAACAAACGGCUAUUCAACUCUCGGGGUUUUAAACAGCACAAAUUUAAACAUAUCUGAUGUAACAAUUUGUAAAUCAGAAUACCAAGGAAUACUGGUCAGUAAUGUACUUGGUUUGACUUCAAUAGUACAUUCAUGUAUCGUAGAGAGCCGCACAAAUCGGUACAACAAGCUCGACAAACACCCAGCAAAUGCCAUAUAUUACAGUAAUUGUGGCAACAACAACUCGUCAUUGAUUGUUUUAGAUACUGUGCUUGAAAAAAAUGAAAAUUUAUCCCCUAGCAAGCAUAAUAGGAUACAUCAAGCCAUUGAAUAUCCAUUUGCAGCAGGCUUGACGGUAGUGAUUAAGUGUUCGAAUGUAGCUGUCAGUUUGGACAAUAUAACUGCUGACGGGAACAUUGGAGGGGAUGGUGGUAAUCUUGCCAUUGUAUUUCACACACCCGAGUUAUUCAGAUCGCAUCACGUUGUGAUAAAUAACUCUCAUAUAUCCAACGGUACAGCUAUUGAAGGUGGUGGUCUCUUUGUGUCCAUUGUUGAACCACGGGCUCAACGAAACAACAGUCAGAUUUUGGAAAACAAUCAUACCAUUCUCUCAAUCAUAAACACAGAGUUUACAAACAAUACUGCUUUGUAUCUGGGUGGUGCAGUUGGGAUACGUCAGAAAGGGUCCAACACAUCAAAUUUCACUGGAAAUGUUAGAAUAACUAAUUGCAAAUUUACAGGCAAUUCUCUAAAAGAGAAAGGGCACGGAGGUAUAGCUAUAAACUAUUUGAACUUCAUCGUCACUCAAGUUGAUCAGCACAUCAGUCCACAAUUUAGGGCAUUUGUAACUAACUGUACCUUUCAUCAGAAUUACGUUAAAAAAAACUCGAGAAUGUCAGCUGGAAGUUCAGUGAUAUUUGUGAAGACAACCUCACAUUUUAGACUACAAGAUAUUUUGAUCGAUUCUAAUUUUGCAUCAGCCAUUCUUGGUUUGCAAAGCAACAUUGUUUUAGGAGGAAAUGUUACUCUAACCAAUAACAGCGCUCAGAGCGGAGGGGGAAUACUUCUUUGCCAGAAUGCUGUCUUGUACUUGGAAGAUGGGGUGAAUGUACUGAUUUCUGGCAAUAAUGCUAAUCAUGCUGGUGGGGGGAUUGCAGUUGAAUCAAUUUGUUUGGAGUCGGAACCUAUAUGUUUCUUUCAAUUUGUUUCACCUGAGCCGAGACAAUAUACUGAUAUAAAGAUUUAUGUACAUGAUAAUCAAGCACAUCAUGCUGGAGACAAUCUAUACGGUGGAUCUGUGGAAUACUGCUAUUUGAUAGAAAGCUCAACCCACGACCUCCUAGCUAAUCACAGUUUGCCUGUGUUUCAAGAAAUCUUCAAAAUAUACUCUGCAGGGGCUGGUUUGCCUUAUGUGACCUCCCCACCUGAUCAUGUGUGCAUUUGCAUCGAAAAUGUUCCUGACUGUAACAUAACUGAAUACAUUUCCCCCAAGUUGGUUUACCCUGGUCAACCAUUCAAUUUGACAGUGAUUCUUGCUGGUCAAUUGGAUGGAUCUGUUCCAGGCAUUAUUUCAGCACAGUUGGAAAAUGUUCAAGAAGAUCAGAAUAUAUCUCUUCUAAAUCACUACCAAGUUCAAAAUGUGAAAAAGUCCAAUUGCACCACAGUGAAGUAUGAGAUCUACUCGAGCGAAACUGAAACUAAUGUUACCUUGGGACUUGUUGCAGCACAGCAAGGAGACACUAGUGUGACUGAAUAUUUACGUCAAUAUAGAGAGCUUAAAGUAAAGGUACCAAUUUCAAAGUGCCCGAAAGGUUUCAAUCUUUCAGAAGGAGAAAAUGGCUUCACUUGUAGUUGCGAAACAAUAUUCACGCAAGCUAAUAUACACUGCUACAUAAAACACCAGACAAUCUGGGUCCCUCGAAACACUUGGAUAGGUUACUUCAAUGAUUCUAGCACAUUUGUACCCCAGGAAACAUAUGUAGUAGUCAAUUACUGUCCACAAGAAUUUUGUAAACAAAAAACCUUGAAUAUUACCACAACACUAGUUGACUUUGACCAGCGGGAUCAAUGCCAGGAAAACAGACAGGGAAUUAUGUGUGGAGAAUGCUUGGCAAAUUAUAGUGCAACUUUUGGAGGAAGUCAAUGUAAGCGAUGCUCAAAUGAUUGGCUGUGGACGAUUCCCUUCUACGGUCUACUUGGCAUUAUUAUUAUUUUCCUACUCAUGUUUCUUGAUAUCACAGUGGCAGACGGAACGAUAAAUGGGCUCAUCUUUUACGCAAACGCUAUUCAGGCGAAUUAUGAAGAUGUAUUUACCUCACAAGUGAGUGAGUAUUGGUUGGCAAAUCCUUUAAAAGUUUUCGUUGGAUGGCUCAGUUUUGCAAAUGGUGUGGAGAAAUGCUUUUUCAAUGGUAUGACCGAGUAUCACAAAGCCUGGAUCCAGUUUGCUUUUCCAGCCUAUAUUUGGAUAAUAAUGGGUGCUAUUAUACUAUUAAGCAGACGAUAUGCCAUUGUAGUGCGAAUAAUCGGGAAGAAUACCGUGAAAGUGUUUGCUACUCUUAUUUUACUUUCAUAUUCUAAACUAAUUCUUGCAAUCAUUGAUGGAAUUGAUAGUACGCUUAUUGAUGCAUCUAACAACAAACAGUACCGAGUCUGGUCGAAAAAUGGCAAUAUCCAGUUCCUCCACGGAAUACACAUACCUCUGUUUGUGUUCUGUGUAUGUCUAUUAAUUGUCUGUGUGCCAUUCACACUAUCGCUUUUGUUCAUACAGAUUCUCGAACGAUACUCUCAUCUGCGAAUAUUUUGGUUUGUCCGUAAACUGAAGCCUCUAUUUGAUGCUUAUACAGGACCAUAUGAUGACAAUGCUCGGUUUUGGACUGGCUUCUUACUCCUGGUUCGAAUAUCUAUAUUUUUUGCAGCAAUUUGCAGAGGUAGACUACACGAUGGUGAAAACUUUACCAUCACUAUUGUUCUACUGUUCGUUGUCCUUUGCACAGCUUUCUUGCUCCGUAGUGGUAUUUACAAGAGACGGGCAAUCCAAUUUCUCGAAGCAUCAUUACUUCUCAACUUAUCCAUGGUGUUUUCUUUCUCUGAAUACAUACAUGUCAAUCACAAUAAAACGGCUGUUCUUAUCCCAAUCCUCAUAGGAAUCGCAUUUGUAACGUUCGUUUUUGUUAUUAUCUAUCACAUAGUGAAGAAGCUUUACUCUUUCUCGUGUUUUGAGAGAUGUCUGAACGCAUUGAAGGAAAAGGUAACAACACGAUGGCAGUAUGAAAGGAUUGAUGAAUCACUUGGCAGUUCAUGUACCGCAACAUAUAUGCCCCCUGUUGCUCGAUUUACCGAAGAUCGUGAACCGCUGCUAGCAAACACUAAUACUGAAUAA